GCCUUUUUGAAUUCGACCAAGCGGGACUUUUCUUGCUUUGAAUGGAUAUCGCCAAAAUCUGAAGAAGUUCCUUAAUACUACACAUUUUCAGCAAUAUUCUGGAUUAUUUAAAAAAAAACAAAAAUAAAUUUUAGCGAUGAUUGAUAUGAUUGAAAAGGAGGACAAUGUUAUCACAGAAGAAGAAGCUGCUCAAUAUGACCGGCAGAUUCGUCUGUGGGGUCUGGAGGCACAAAAGAGGCUGAGGGGGUCUCGAGUGCUUCUUGUUGGACUCCGAGGUCUCGGUGCUGAAGUGGCCAAGAAUCUUAUUCUAGCUGGAGUGAAAGGACUGACUCUUCUGGACCACGAACAGGUCACUGAGGAGUCCAGGCGAGCUCAGUUCCUAAUCCCGGUGGAUGCAGAUGGUCAGAACCAAGCCCAGGCCUCGUUGGAGCGGGCACAGUUCCUCAACCCUAUGGUAGACGUGAAGGCAGACACCGAUCAAGUGGAGAACAAGUCUGAUAGCUUCUUUCUUCAGUUUGAUGCGGUUUGUCUGACAGGCUGCUCCAGAGACGUGAUGGUGCGCGUUGACCAGCUUUGCUCGUCUAGAAACAUCAAGGUCUUCUGUGGGGACAUCUUCGGUUACCAUGGAUACAUGUUCUCGGACCUUGGCCCGGAGCAUCAUUUUGUAGAAGAGAAAGUGAAGAUAGUAAAAUCAUCUGACGAGACUAAUGAUGGACCCAAAGUGAAGAAACCCAAAGUUGACCCUAAUGAGACUACCAUGGUGAAGAAGAUGGCCAGUUUCUGCUCGCUCAAAGAGGCGCUGGAGGUAGACUGGACGAGCGAGGAGGCCAAAGCCAGCCUGAAGCGCACCCCGCCAGGCUACUUCUUACUGCACGUGCUACUGAAAUUCCGGACAGACAAAGGUCGCGACCCUCACCCAGGCAGCUACGCCGAAGACUCCUGCCUGCUCCUUCAAAUCCGUGACGACCUCCUGGAGGCCGUGGACGUGAAUCCGGAGCUGCUCCCGGACAGCUUCGUCAGCACCUGUUUCUCCGAGAUGGCUCCGGUGUGUGCAGUGGUGGGGGGAGUGUUGGGACAGGAGAUCGUCAAGGCACUGUCUCAGAGAGACGCCCCACACAGGAACUUCUUCUUCUUCGAUGGGCUCAAAGGCAGCGGGGUGGUGGACUACUUUGGAAACAAAUGACCACAGAGCACACCAGGAGAUGGGCGUUUGAAGUGCGGGCCCUCAAGGGACCAUGGGAAAUGGAGUACUUUUAAGUAUUGCAAAGAAGCAAAAAAAUCUGGCUGUUUUAGGACUAUGAAACUUUUGAAAUAGUAAGCAAAGCUUUGAAGCCAGGAAGAUGUCGGGCAGCUUGUAGGAGUUGGGUUUUUUUUUGGGGGGUGACUUAUACACACACACACACACACACACACUUUUUUCGGCUCACGGUUGUGACAGUCAACAAGUUACAUGGCAAAUUUUGUGGUUUUAAAUUUUGUAAUUAAAAAGAUCAGAGAUGUUGUUUGUGAA